GGCAACACCUCUUUACACACUGCGUUUACUCGUUGCUGCUGAAGUUGAUAGUUAGUUAAAUAUGGCGGCUCCCACCGGCGGAUCGGGUGUUGUAGUUCCUCGUAACUUUCGUCUCCUGGAAGAACUUGAGCAAGGUCAAAAAGGAGUUGGGGACGGAACAAUUAGCUGGGGAUUAGAAGAUGAUAGUGAUAUGACUUUAACACAAUGGACAGGAAUGAUUAUCGGACCACCACGAACACCAUAUGAAAACAGGAUCUAUAGUUUGAAAGUAGAAUGUGGACUUCAAUAUCCUGAUGAACCUCCAAAUGUUAGGUUUAUAUCAAAGAUAAAAAUGACUGGUGUUAGUGAAAGUUCUGGAAUUGUAAGUUGA